AUGUCAUGUGACCUGGAAUUACUUCUGUGGGAGGAGUAUAAACACAGCUGCCAAGAACAAGGAAACAAAAACUGCCGUUCUGCCACUGGAAUGCAAAAAGUGGAACAUGGGCUAUCUCCUUCAAAUCCUGCUCGCUCUGUUCAUCUCUGUCAUAGGUGGCCUUUACCUUCUGGGGGCUUUUCGCCGCCGGCGGGCUGGAGAACCCCCUCUGGAUAAAGGCCCUAUUCCCUGGCUUGGCCAUGUGCUGGAAUUCAGGAAGGACACAGCAAAAUUCCUGCAGAGAAUGAAGGAAAAACAUGGAGAUAUUUUCACAGUGCAGCUUGGUGGCUUUUAUUUCACUUUCAUUACAGAUCCACUAUCUUUUGGCCCAGUGGUCAAAGAGGCAAGAGCAAAACUGGACUUUACCAAGUUUGCUGAGCAACUGGUUGCAAGAGUAUUUGGCUAUCAUUCCAUGGAAAGCGAGCACAAGUUGCUCCAAACAUCAAGCACAAAAUAUCUCAUGGGAGACGGUCUGGUUGUCAUGACUCAGGCGAUGAUGAACAAUCUUCAGAACUUAAUGCUCCAUAGUGUUGGAUCUGGGAAUGACAAUAAUUGGCAAGAAUCUGGACUGUUUUCUUACAGCUACAACAUUGUCUUCCGAGCUGGCUACCUGGCGCUCUUUGGUAACGAGUCACCCAAAACCACUGGGACUUUAGGAAAAGCUAAGGAAAUUGACCGACAACACUCGGAAGAACUUUUCAGUGAGUUCAGAAAGUAUGACCAGCUCUUCCCCAAUCUGGCUUAUGGUGUCCUGGGCCCUGGCGAGAAGUUGGAGGCAGAGCGUUUGAAGAAGCUGUUCUGGAACAUGCUCUCGGUGCAGAAGAUGAGCUCCAGAGACAACAUUAGUGGCUGGGUGCAAGAACAGCAACAGGCUAGGGCUGAGAAUGGCAUGCAAGAGUUUAUGCAGGAUCGGUUUAUGUUUCUACUUCUCUGGGCAUCUCAAGGAAACACAGGUCCUGCAGCCUUCUGGCUACUCUUGUAUCUUAUGAAGCACCCUGAUGCUAUGGCAGCUGUCAAGAAGGAAGUCGAGGAGGUUCUCAGAGAAACCAAGCAGGAGGUAAAGCGUGGUGGGCCACUUAUUGACCUGACCAGAGACAUGCUCCUCAAAACACCCGUGCUAGACAGCGCUGUGGAGGAGACCCUCCGUCUAACGGCUGCACCUGUCCUUACAAGAGCUGUUCUGCAGGAUAUGACCAUCAACAUGGCCAACGGACAACAGUACAACAUCCGAGAUGGUGACAGAGUGGCAAUUUUCCCCUACACUGCUGUUCAGGUGGACCCAGAGGUGUACCCAGAUCCCCUCACCUUCAAGUUUGACCGUUUUCUCACACCAGAUGGAAGCAAAAAGACCGAUUUCUACAAGGCUGGAAAGAAACUCAAGUACUACAAUAUGCCUUGGGGUGCUGGAACCACCAUGUGUCCAGGAAGAUUCUUUGCCACCAAUGAGCUGAAGCAGUUUCUCUUUCUCAUGUUGACAUACUUUGACUUUGAGCUGAAAAACCCAUAUGAAGAGAUUCCAGGUAUUGAUAUCAGACGAUGGGGUUUUGGCUCCAUGCAACCAACCAAAGACAUUCAGUUUAGAUACAGACUUCGAUUUUAGAUUGUUAUUAUAAUAUAAACUCAUUCCCAAAACUUUGAACAAUAUACUCAUUAAAAGGCAAUUGCACUCAUGAAAGCUUGCUUAGAAACUGAAAAUGUUCUACAUGUCCUGUGCAUUUGAAGUGAUUUCUGGAAAAAGUUAUAGUGUUACUGUGUCCUCUAGUACCCUGAGGUGUUGUUUUCACAAUAUCUCACAGUGACCAUGAGUGUGUGUGUGUGUUUAC